UCAUUUGGCACAUUCACUAUAAUCAAUAUAUUAGUUGUACUGAUUAUCAGUUUUAUACAAACGUGUCUUUGUAUUGUACUAAACAUCUCUCGAUCCGAUGAAAGGRUAAAGAAAUUAGUUAAAAAAUCAUACUUUCAUAGUCUUCUCUAUACAUACCUGCUCUCAUCGUUGGUUAUAAUACCGGCAAUGCUUAUCUAUACCAUGUAUUUUAGUAAUACAAUGUUUUACGAGUUUGCCAAAGGAUUGUUGGUUAAAAUGGACGCUUAUUUUACCGAUUUGAUCGACAAAGAUAUCUUUGAUGAACUACAGCUAUCAUAUCAAUGCUGUGGAGCUCAUGAUUAUAAGGAUUGGGCAAAGAUUAUGACAACCAAAACCAUUAAUACUGUGCCAUUCAGUUGUUGUAAAUUCAAAUAUUUGGAUUUUUGUCUAAACGAUGAUAUCAAAGGUCUUAGAGUUCAUUCAAUCAACUCUAKGGGUUGUGCCCAUCGUAUUGAGGAAUUCAUAUCAUUUCAAUUCGACAUAAUUACCAGUCUAUGGCUGUCGCUAUUCAUUGUUCAUAUCGUUACACUCAUCGGCUUUCAAUACUGGAAGACAUCGACAGAGUGGGCUAUUAAUGUCAAAGGAGGUCCCAAACGAUCGGGUCGGGGAUGGCUUGUCGUUCCCUUUAUUGGUUUAUAUAGAGAUUUGAGAAAUGUUUAUGAAAAGGAUAAACAACGUCGAGAUGAAAGACGGACUCUCUUAAACAAACGGUCAGAACAAACAUUACCUGACAAUACCUUUCCCAAUGAGGAAAUGUCCAUAAAUGCUAACAAAUGGAAAUUUGAAAAUAUUGAAUCAUURCCCCCACMCAAUACCAUGGAUAUGCCCGAAGCACCUGAACAGUCACCUCGAUUACCAAACUAUGAUUUCUGUCCAGAUUGUGAUGAAUUUUUGACAAUCGAUAAAGAAAGACAUAUUUGCGCCAAAGCUAAAGGUUUGGUGGCAAUACAUGGCUCACAAUCAAGUGAUGACAACACAUCCGAUAAGACAUAUUUGUCUUCAGAYGACGAAAGUUUGUUUGAUAUUAAAAACGAUUGGUUGGCUAAUAGAGAUACAGUUAACUAUAAUAAAGAUAACAACACCGAUAAAGGCGGUGGCGGUGGCGGAAGURCCGGUGCUAAUGGUGGAGGAAAAAUGCAAACAAACGAAAUUAAGACCGAAGAAGACAACGAAAAAGAUGAAAAACAAUUACCAAAACGACAGUUUAGGGAAAGAUAUUUUAUACUCAAAGAAAUCAGAUAA